GCCCAACGCCAACGAGUCCGAGCACGUCGCAUAUACUUUGAAAUAAGAGCGAGCUUCUAAGGGGCGAACUGUUAAAUCGAAGCCAAAUCUCGAGUCAAACUCCGAGCGAAAGCCGAAAUGUCUUCUUCCAAUCGAUCUUCAUCUGGGAAGGGGAAGAGCUCUUCUUCCGGAAAGUCAAAGCCUAAGGAAGACGAUUGGUCUGGCAUCACAGAUCCGGAAGAGCGACGGAGAGUGCAAAACAGAUUAGCACAGAGAAAGUUUCGUAAGCAGUCACCAUAUCACUCAGACUUCAUCAAUCGGCUAACAUUUGGCAGGGGAUAAGGUCAAGGCGGACCAAGAACGUCAGGAUCGAGACAGCGAGAAUCGUGCUCAUGCCGGCCAUUCUUAUCACACAGCUGAUGCAAAUGACGUCUACUACGACAAUCCUGACGCAAGUGGUUCACCAUGGGGUUCUCUCUCUAUGAAGCACGUCGUUUCAAAGGGUAGAGCUCGUGAGGAUGCAUCCAGAUAUGAACCUCGGACAGGCGAUGGGGCAAGCUACUAUCAAAACGCCGAUGUGGCUUACGGAGGGGAGGCCUAUUAUGGAGGAGAGGCUACUUCCUAUGAGGGCGACCACACCUACUAUGACUAUGGAAGCGCAGCUGGCAGUGGUAGUGGAACUUCUGGUUAUUGAUCAAACCAGUGACUCGAUCUGGUCAUUGGGCAAAAGUCACGACGAAAUGCUGACACGGAAUGGCCUAAUUAUAUUUUCACGACCUCGACAUGAUUCUGGGAGGAUCCAACGAUACCAAGCCCCUGUUUCAUUAUACUUGCGCAAUUCCUUACUAUUUUUCCUUUCUUUCCAGUUUCAGUCUUUUCCUUUCCAGCAAGAAUUAGUGCUGCCUGUUUUAUGCAACAUCAAAUCUCUUAUACUGUAUGCUGCUUACUUUCGCGCGGCUUCAUUAUACAUAGAUAGAUAGAUAGAUUCAGAGGUUUAGCUCAGCAUGUACUUUUAGACUCUAAAAAAAUCUCCUUCAUGCAAAAACGUCAUCGUAAGCCUUCGAGUAAACAUGACCUUGUGGGAUUAAGGCGUUUGGUAACACUGCAUUCGCUAACCCCUGGAGAAGCCACCGCAUGGCCUGUCUCAUGGAUGUAAAUUCCAUUUGCAAGCUGGAACGAAACGACAGGUACGUACCCUGCGGAAUAUUCGGAUCCUGCGCAAUGGGAAGGAAGUCCGUAACGGUCCCGACAGAUUACAAAAAAGGUGUGGGUAAAAUCUGUCAAGCCAUUUCCAUCAGGAUUGGUGGGGGGAUUAAGCGUCAGAGGCUGUGUGCACAGUACUACCGUAUAUGACAUAUUUCGUUGCUCUCUCAUUCAGCCCAAGAUCUGUUUCCUAGAUAGGCGUUCCAGAUAAGAAGGAAACGAGAUGAAAAGUUUACGGCAGUUCUCGUAUAGAUCGUGUGGGGAAUUGAGAUGCGUUGAAUCCCUUUCUUAUGGAGCGGAUCAUCCGCGUGUGGCGGGUCUCACAGGAUAGGAUAGACGGAGUAUGUGGCGGAAGGAAGAUCCAGAGUGGCGGAAUAGGAAAGUUUAACUCUUGGGGGUUUUGGGUUUUCUUUUUUCCCUGUGGAUGGCUGAUGAG